AGUGAUGGCGAUUGGCCACCUCUGCAAUUCAUUCUCCGAUUAGCAUGACAUAUAGUGUUGUUGACGUUUUUAGCAUUAACUUUAAUUUUUUCUUUUUAUUAUUUUAUUUUCCCGCGUCGUUCGCAUCUUCUGAUGUCCACAAGCAAUGGCGUUAAUAAACGAACCAAGAGAACUAAAAGUGCUCAACACACGGCUUAUCGUCGCAUAUCUGCUGACGAUUACAAAAAUAUCGCGCCUGAAAUCGGUUUCCGGGGCUUUGAGAAGGUGCCUCUUGUUUUAGUGCCGCGGUAUGACAUAACUCCUUACUUAUCAACAUUAAACCUCUCGAUUAAAGGUAAGAAACCUUGUAUGAAGCCGUCAAGAGGUAAAAACCCGCCUAAAAACCGGUUUUUGAAGCAAUGCACAAUAAACAUUACCAGACAAGAUUUGAAUAAGUUGAAAGCAGAUUCUGAUCAGAAUUCGGCGUCUAGCCACACGUCAGACUCAGAUUCUGACGGCGAUAAAGCCAGCAUGUCGAAUAUAAAGUGUAAAAUAUGUGAAAAAGGUUAUUCAAGUGAGAAAAAGCUUCUAAAACAUCAAGAAAAUAAACAUAUGAUUGUAUAUAAGCCUAAUGCGAAGCCACAGAAAAGAGUAUCUUUUUCAGACCAUGUUAUCAUCCAUGAGGUCAAAGAAUACCACAAAUGUAGGAAAUGUCCUAAGAUUUUUGAAAAUUACAAGUUUCUGCGGACGCACAUGAAGCAAAGACAUAAAAAACGCAAAUGUUAUAUUUGCAACUAUUGUAAUAAGAACUUCGUUGACCGAACCUUUUUCAAAGUACAUAUUAAACUGCAUUGUGACGUCUGCGGCCUGUUUUUACCGAGUAAAGUAAAAUUCAACGAUCACCGCAGAACGGUGUGCAAAGUAUUAAAACUGCAUACUUGUAAGACUUGCGAAGAGACUUAUUUCAGAUUCAUGGAUUUAAAAGAUCAUAGUUACGAUCACGUUGACCCGUGUUUCGUCUGCGAUAUUUGUAAAGAUCAGUUUAAAUCUAAAUGUGCGAUCGCUCACCAUAUCGCUUUCCUACACUCGAAUGACAGACCUAUAUGCUUAUACGCUAUGCGUAACCUAGGCAACGAGAGACUGUACCUCUGCAAUUUUUGCGAAGAAAGUUCGGUAGAACGAGACGCAUUAGAACGUCAUGUACAAUUGUUACCGGACUUAACCAACAAAGCGAUGACAGGUUAUAAAGACUAUUAUUUCUGCGAUCAAUGCUUCAAGAAAUUUGAUACCGAAACAAGCAUGUUGCAACACAAAUGGACUCAUUUUCUGAUAACAAGUGACAAUUCUCAAGAACGGAAAGGGGUUUUGAAAAAACAGAUAAAAAUGACAUAUAAUGUCAAUGAACCUUUGCCGCUGUUUUUGCAACCGAAAUUGAUUUUAGAGAAGAUUAACAUUGGAGGGAAAAUUCUUAAGAAGACACCAGAUUUUGUUGAUGUUAAAAGUUUUGAUAUCCGUAACGGAGAGAUUAAAAAGCCAAUAGUUGAUCCGAAGAGUAAAAAAACUAUCAUUUCCAAAUACCAGUGUCAGACAUGCGACAAGUACCUAUGUUCUGCGAGCAACUUGACUCGCCACAUUGAAACCCAACACAGCAACUACGAAAAUCUGCAAUGUAAGGUAUGUGAAGAAAUUUUCGUAUGGCCGUCAUUGCUCCGUUCCCAUAAAUGCAUAAGACUCAAACACCCUGAAAUGCCUUUCGAAGAUGCACGCCCAGAAAUCCACUUCGACAACCUCAAUGAAGUUUCUUCGACACAGGAUCCUGAAAAUGGUUUUGACGAUCUGAAUAUCAUAGAAAAUGAUGAUUACUUGAACAGGGUAGAUUUUGAAAUACCAGCUCCGAUAGUCGAGUUGACGGAGUAUGGCAGUUUUAAUCAGAGUCAGGAGAAAUUUGCGCCGUUGCAGAGUUUAGGAUAUAAGUUGGUGAUGCAAGAGGUACCGAUAGAAUUUUAAAUGUGUAUACUUUUUUGACCGGUUUGUGUGAGUAAGGAACGGGUCGUUUGGCUUACGAAUGGUUAUUUGUGACGUUUAUUCUGUGAGGCUUUUGUCAGAAAAUGAUUGGUUCGUAAGAAAAAUGAUUCGUUACUUGUUUGUAGGAUCCGGGGCUACACCAAAGCGAAGCGGAGAAGUUUCUGUACAACCAAUAGAAUUACGUUAUUCAAAUAUCUUACAUAAAUACAAAUUUGGCUGAAAAUCUUUGAAAGUAAAAAAAACACACUAAGACAGUCCCCAAAACGCCCACCCUUAACCACUUCCUAUGUGUUAUUGCUGGGAAGAAGUGGCGCAACAAACUCCCCAGCAACACAUGUCUGUCUGUAGUCUGUAGUAUCUUCGAGCGGAGAAAUUCUAUUGGUUGUUUUUUAAAAACUUUGCUACGUUUUGGUGGAAUCUGAGCCUUAGUGUUAAUGGUGUUAUAAUUGUGUGGCAAUAGUUUUUGAAGGUUAUUAUUAGCAUGCCAUAUCUAUUCAAGUAAUUUUAAUGUUCUUAAUUUUCGUCAUUUACCCAUAUUCUACCGCUAUGCGGCACUGUUUGUCACACCGCAUGUAUCUCGUGGUGUACUCGCUGUAGCAAACAGUAACACAUUGCGUGCGAACAUUACUAACAUGUCCGCGACACUGCAACCGCCGCGCGAACACAUGCUAGCUGUAGACUCGUGUCGACGCUUAUAAGUUUGGUGGAAUAUCGCCUUGUCGUGAAAUUUUAGUUUUUUUUUCAAUAGAUUUUUAUGUUUAUUUUUUAUAUAUAAUAUUAACUGUCUAGAUAUGGUAUGUUACUUAAAAGUCUUCAAGUUAAUAGUAUCAGUGUCUAUAAUCAAACAGUUUUAUAAGUCAGGAAAGUAAUUCCAUGAAUACAGCAUUUGGAUUACUUAACUAAAGAUAAACAACCUUGAUAGGACUUUUUACAUCUAUACUAAUAUUAUAAAGCUGAAGAGUUUGUUUGUUUGAACGCGCUAAUCUCAGGAACUACUGGUCCGAUUUGAAAAUUUCUUUCAGUGUUAGAUAGCCCAUUUAUCGAGGAAGGCUAUAGGCUACUCUUUAUCCCGGUACGGGAAGUAGUUCCCACGGGAUGCGGGUGAAACCGCUGGCAGAAGCUAGUUUUAA